AUGUUGAAUGCAUCUACUCAGCUUGAAAAGCUAUCUCACAACGCUUUGACUGUUUCAAUAAACAGGAUAAUUGAUAGUCCUUCUCAGAAGAAUACUACGAGUUGCACGUUGGAAAAUCUUCGCGUCCGUCGAAAUUGGAUUGCCUUUACUCCAAGCGAGAAGAGGUCUUAUAUUGAAUCUGUUCACUGUAUGACUGAGCUGCCCGCAAUAAUGCCUCAUCAUUUGGCUCCUGGGGCUCGAUCACGAUUCGAUGACUUUGUCGCUGUGCAUAUCAAUCAAUCUUAUCAUGUCCAUCGAGAUGCACGUAAUUCCACUCCUCAUGGCCUAUUCUUUGCAUGGCAUCGAUACUUUAUCUAUGAGUUCGAACAAGCUCUACGGAAUGAGUGUAACUACACCGGCGACUACCCUUAUUGGGACUGGGCCGCAGAUGCCGACGACAUAGAGAAAUCAGAAGUAUUCGAUGGCAGUGACACAUCUCUCUCAGGAAACGGUGCUCUUAUCUCAGACAAGCGACCCAUCGGUGCCCGAAUACCCGGUCCAUAUCCACCCUUAUGGCUUCCACCCGGGACAGGCGGAGGAUGUGUAACCAGUGGACCCUUCGUCAACUUGAGCGUGAAUCUAGGACCAUCUUGGUUAGACGUUCCCGGUGACAACAUAACCCGCAUGUCAAACCCACUUGACUAUAACCCUCGGUGCCUGAAACGAGAUCUCACAACCGCAAUACUCCAGAUGUACGUGAACUAUACCUCAAUCAUCGACCUAAUAUACAAUAGUAAGAUUAUCUGGGAUCUUGAGGAUAAGAUCCAGGGCAAGGAAGAUAGUCCUGGACUUCAUGGGGGUGGUCAUUUCGCUAUGGGAGGUGAUCCUGGUCGAGAUGCCGAUGCCAGUGCUGGAGACCCAGCAUUUUAUCAUCAUCAUGGUAUGGUCGAUCGGAUUUGGUGGAUUUGGCAAAAUAUGGAUUGGAAGAAUCGACGGUAUGCGAUCUCUGGUACAAGCACUUUUAUGGAUGUGCCUCACUCUCCUAAUGUUACGCUUGAUUAUCUUCUUGAUGUUGGUUAUGCGAAUGGGAAUAAAGAGCCGAUUGCUAUGAGAGAUCUUAUGAGUACGACGAAUGGGCCAUUUUGUUAUGUUUAUCUAUGA